AUGGAAGAUUCGAGCUGUGAAAAUUCCAUGGAAGAGCAGUGUGUUGGGCAUCUUGGGAAGGAGAUGGACCAUUCUGGACACCCCGGAAAGGAGAGUGACAGCAGGGAGACCCAGACAGCAGACAUGGGCCUUCAGCAGGAAACUGGCAAGAAACCCUACACGUGUGGGGAGUGUGGGAAAGGCCAUUUGGACCGACACCUAAUGAAACACACCGGUGAGAAGCCUUUCAUGUGUGACGAGUGUGGGUACAGGACAGCUCGCAAGUCUACCUUAAUCCGACACAUGAGAAGCCAUUCAGGUGAAAAACCUCACAAGUGUGACCAGUGUGAUUUUUCCGCAGCACAGAAACAUCAUUUGAUCAACCAUCAAACUAGACAUUCCAGUGAGUAA